AUGCCUGCCAAUGACUCUACUGUCGAGGUGUUAGUCCAUCCUAACCCAGCAGCAAAUCCAGCCAAGAAAAUGCCAAGAGAGAUAUGCUGCCACAAUGGCAUCUUGAGAUCCGAUAUACAAAGAUCCGUAGUACACCUCCCUGACCUUUCGAGCAGGAUGGAAGAGGCCCUGGAGACAUAG